AUGAUUCUCUCGCGACGAGCUGCAAUUGCAGCAACACGGGCACUCACACCCCGCGCACGAUGCAUCAUCCCCCCAACUCGAUUUUACGCAACUUCAACCGCCACAGCACCAGCUCAACCCUCACAAAGUCCCGCAACACCCUCAAAAUCAAGCCCCGCAGCUUCAACAGCGAGCAAAACUAACAGCGCCUACAAAUCGAGUCCCAGCGCCAGCAAGAACACACCCCUCACCGAAGCCGAUGUGAGGUAUGAAGCGAAGACGAUUGCCCGCCCAGACGGGUCCCAACCAUCUGUCGACGUGGCAGGCAUACCGGUGAUAAAUUGGGCAAACAGCUUCCACGGCAUAUCGUCCAAACCAGUGACAGAAGCGCAGUUCAAGGUCCUCAUGGCGCCCCUCGCCAUUGAGGAUAUCGAAGUCAAACCCGAUGGCGUCAUCUACCUCCCCGAAAUCAAAUACAGGCGGAAACUGAACGAGGCAUUCGGUCCCAUGGGCUGGGGGAUGAUUCCCAAGGGCGAAGCCGUGGUUGGUAAAGCCAUCGUCACGAGGGAAUAUGCACUCAUUGUCGACGGCCGGUUCGUAUCUCAGGCGCAAGGCGAAAACUCGUACUUUUCGCCUGACCAACUCCCCUCGUCGAUUGAAGGGUGCAAGUCGAAUGCCAUGAUGCGGUGCUGCAAGGACCUGGGCAUUGCUUCGGAGCUCUGGGAUCCUCUUUUCAUAAAGUGGUUCAAGAAGACGCACAUGGAGCAGGCGUGGGUGGAGCAUACGCCUACCAAGAAGAAGAAGACAUUUUGGUUCAAGAAGGGCGAGGUGGAGGUUUCGUAUCCGUAUACCUUGAGCAAGUGA